UUUCAUGUAUCAUUAAAUUACCAUUUACUCUCUUUUCCAGAAAUAAUUUACCUGAUGUAUUGGUAAAGCAGAUGGCAUUCUACCAGAAAAACAACCACUGCAUAACUACAUAAAAACAUCCUUUAUAAAAAAAAUAUAACAACAUUUUGUAUGAUUACUGCUAUUAGAUGAGUGUUUCUGGUUGUAAUAAACUGAGCUGACUUUUUUUUUUUUGCCUGUUUUUCCUGAAAAUGGCAUUUCGAUUUAAUUUUUCUAUUGAAGAAAAUGAAAACUAUGCACCAGACACUCACGAUAAGAUAGAGUCACAGCUGGGCUCUCCAGAGCACAGGCAGGAAUCCACAGAAGGAAGCAGGCAAGCUGCUGGUCCUGCAGCAGGCUGCAGCCCAAGGCUGGCUACUGAUAAGCCCCAAGAUGAGACACCGUCAAAGAAACCGUUCCGCCUCAAAGCUGCCAAAGAACACGAUAUUCCUGAAGACAUCAACAAAGUACUGGAAAAUAAAGUUGUGGAAAUGGUAUCAGGCCUAUAUCACGUCAAUAUGUCUGUAGUGGAAAUGACGCUUUUGGAUGGCUCCCGCGGAGAAGACAUCGUGUCUAAAAGCGUUUCGUCUCACUCUGAUCUCAUCCCAGGAGUCUAUGAGGGAGGGCUGAAAAUCUGGGAAUGCACCUUUGAUCUCAUAGAUUACUUUUCUGAGACUGAAAUGCAGUUUACCAACAAGACGGUGCUGGAUCUUGGGUGUGGGGCUGGACUGCUGGGUAUAGUUGCAUUGAGGGGAAAAGCUGAAAAAGUCCAUUUUCAGGACUACAACAGCACAGUGAUUGACGAAAUAACCUUGCCUAACACAGUGGCUAACUGUAUAGAUGAUGGCAAUGGGACUGGCUGUAGAGAUGACAGAAAAACAAGUAAGCCUCCUUCAAAGAAGUUCAAGAAAACAAAGCGCUUACCUGAUCUGCUCACCAAAUGCAGAUUUUUUUCUGGAGAAUGGUCUGAAGUCAGCCAGCUCCUGUUAAACAGCAACAAACCCUUUUCAAAGUAUGAUCUCAUUCUCACAUCUGAGACCAUCUAUAACCCUGAUUACUACAGUGCUUUACAUGAUACACUGUCUCAGUUGUUGGAUAAAAAAGGCCAUGUGUAUUUGGCAAGCAAAGCACAUUAUUUUGGGGUUGGUGGCGGUGUGCACCUCUUUGAGAAAUUCAUUGAGGAGAGGAAUGUGUUCAGGACCAAUACAGUUAAAAUAAUCGAUAAAGGACUGAAGCGGUUUAUUAUUGAAAUGGCCUUUAAAAAUUCCAGUUAAAAUUCAGCCAUUGGUGCUUGAAAAAUAUCUUAAUAAAGACACGAUGUUUGAAUCACCUCUUUGCUUUCUUCGUUGAGAU